CGCGACGCGGCGGGAAGUAUGCGACGAAUCGCAGUCGCGCACGCACGAAAAUCGGAUCGAGUGGUGCCGCCGGUCGGCGAGCCGGCAUGAUUGAGUUCAACCUUCAACAAGGUGCUGGUGCCGAGGAGAGAUUUGAGGGGUUUGAAGAUGGCGAGGGGAAAGUGUCGUUGACGCAGCUGUGGGAGGUUGUGGUGAGGACCAAACGUCUUCCAGAGGGCCUGGAUGCAUCCCUCCUCUACCACGGAGUUUGUGACCGUCUCCGUGCCCCAGAGCGUGAAGUCCGUCUACAUGCUCUUCGAGUCCUCCAGGACCUGAUACCAGCUACAAACCAACAUUGUCUGGACAAGCUCAUGAGGCCGCUUCUGCCUGAGCUGGUAGAAAACGUGGGCCAUGAGGCUCCAGCUCUACGAAAAGGAGCUAUUGACGCACUGAGGAAGUAUCUGCAACACACUGAUGAAUGUGAUAGGCUGUUGGUGGAGCUGGUGUUGGCUGCAGAAGAGAACAGUGUGGUGGCAGCCACUCCAUUCCUGAUUACUUCCGAGAUAACAGACUGUACAGCUAGAAAAGUUGUCGAUCAGCUAUGGCAGGACCUCAACAGCCCUCUUUUCAAUCAGGAAGUGAUCGCAAAGUCCCUAGCCAGGAUAAGGUACAUCCUAGGAGAAGAAAGAUUUAAGAGUUUGCUAGGAAGGCAGCGUUUUGAAGAACUGGUUAAAAUAUGUGAUAAUUACGGAAUUCCUAUAGACUACAGUGACGGAGAUAGCAGUAGCGAAAAAGCCGUCUGGACCAUGGAUGAGCUAAUAGAAGAUAGGGUAAUAUUAGAGACUGAAAUUACUUUGAAGACUGGUCCCGCUAUUACGAUGAAGAUUCAUGAAGAAAGUCGUCCCGGAAGUAUUAUGGACAUGAUUUGCAGUGACGAAGAAAGCAGAAAGGAUGAAGAGUUUUACGGUUCGCCGAAGAAAACUCCUCGGAAGGUCAGGUUUGGAGGAGAAUCUGUUAAGAUGCGUACUCCUGAGACUGACAGUAACCAUGGUAGUCAAGAUUGUCAAGAAGAGAUUAGGAUCACUGUCACAGACGCAGUCUCUAUCGAAACUAGAAAAAGCCUUAUUCCUGUUAGGAUAACCUCAUUGCCUAACAGUCCCAAGAAAUCACUUCUUCCGAUGGCCAAGAAACCCAGGUUACAUAAGUCUGCUCCAGAUCUGAGGACAGGAAGGUCCAGGAUACCUAUUUUUAAGAAAUCGGGUACUUCGGGGAAGAGUACCGACAGUUCAACUCUCAAAGAAGGUCAAACAAAAAGACUCUCGGUCCACCGUAAAGAUGCAGAUUCCAAAACCAGUCCUAAAAGGAGGGAGAUGUACAGUCCUGUUCCAGUUCACAGAGAAAUUGAAGUAUUUCACAACUUAACCAGAAGCCCAGAAAGGAAGCGAAGAUCCCCAGUCGACUUCGAUAUAAAGAAAAUAGACGAAGAGGAGCAUAUCAGUUUCCAAGUAUGCACUGAUGGAGCAGCUUCAAAAACUGAUUCGUCUAUAACCCCAACAUCAGAGCCCCAGAAGACAGUAUUGGCUCAUGUACUUGCUCUUCCAGCACCUAAGAGUAAUAGUGAGGAAGAUCAGCCGAAUUCUUACGGUAGCUUCCAAAUUUGUUCGGAAUCUGCUUCCAAAUCGGAUGCAACAAAAUUACAAAUCGCUCCUCCUGAAGGUCAAAGGACUCGCUCGAGUACACCAAACAACGCCACACUAGCUUCUUCCAAGAUGUCGGAACCUACCAAAACCACACUAUCUUCCCCGGAGCCUUCCAAAAUAUUAGCUUUGCCAGCACCUGAAGACGUCAAUAGAAAUACGAAUACCACCUACAACAGUUUUAAAGUUUGCGAAGAAAAGACUAAAUGUGAAAAGGACGAGAGCUAUGAUAGCUUCCAGGUCUAUCAGACCCCAAAUGCAAUAGAACCUUCGAAUCCAGAAAACGAAGCGAAACCUCAAAAAGAAGAAUUUAAUAGCUUCCAAGUAGAGAGCGAAGAAGCGAAUAUGAACCAAAGUUACCCAAAUUACUCCCAAAAUGGGACACCUUCCCAGAGUACCAAGAGCAACGGGUUCAAUUUCCAUCAACUUUCAUCAUUGAGUGCAGAGGGAAAUCUGUGGAGUAAUUCAGAAGCCCUGGAUAACCUCAUCAAAAUGCUAAAGCAGCCCAGUACUUUUGAAACUUUAGAAGCACCUCCAUCUGCUCUACUGUUUGAGGCACUGUUUGCAUGCAAGAACUUCGACAAAAUACAUUUUUUAGUGGAUGAUGCGCUGGUUUUGCUGAUAAAGGGUUUACGAAAAGAUGUAUUGGAGCAAUGUCUAAGUCGCCUAGCAGUAGGAAUAUGUAAAAUUGGAGCGCCUUCGGGAGUCAGUUUAGCAAUGAUGAUUACGAAAGUACUACCUGCUGUCAAGCUUCAACAUGAAAUCAUGGAAAAGUGUUUUGUGCAUAGACUCCGUGAAGGCGCUUUACAGACAUUGCUCGCUUUUGCGAGAUUGCUACCCCGAAAUGAGCUACUCGUACCGAAAAUGACAGAAUUUACAGCUGCGGCCCUGAGGGACAGAAGGAGAAAAGUACGGCAUGCAGCUUUGGAAAUGUUGGCGACUCUAGCUGCUCUCUCCUCAAACACGGAGGUAUUGGAUAUGGUAACGAGAGUGACAAGUAACUUUCCAGAGCAACAGUAUCUACUCAAAGUCGUCCGUACCAGGUUGUCAAGAAAGCAGCUGCCAGCGGUUGACAUCAACGGUACGGUACGUUAUUCAACUCCAAGAGACCAAACUGAAGUAGAGUGGUUAUCAGGAAGUAGUGGAAACGGCAGUUCUCCACCAUCUUCAUCUGCGUCAUCAUCCAAUCAUUCUGUCAACUAUUGGAAGUACCACUCCAGGCAAGAUGGUGAACAGCUUGACGGACUUGACUUAUCAAAUCAGGACGACCUGAUCCAAAAUGGACAACAGAUUUGGGCGAUUGAUGCAAACAGUUUUGCCAAAAAUACAUCUGGCAGGAGGAAUGGAGACAGAGUACCACCUGCCGCUGCAGUACUUCGCCCAAUGUACGUGCUUCGUCCAGAAGCGGCAGUGGUACACGCGAGACGAAAAUAUGACAGAGGUCGGUCCUUUUCACCACCAAAGCGUCAACAGCAAACCCAGAUGGAAAAGCAAGAAGUGAUGCAGAGGAGAAGAACGUUGACUAGGCAGGAGAGUAUCGAAGAUGAAGGCGAGUAUGGGGAAGAUCAAGGUGUUGAUGAUAAGGUGGAAAGCACGGGACAUUUCAAGUACCAUCGUAGGUUUCAGAAGAGCUUUUCUUCUGAGCAACUAUACGAAGAUAAAAGGGCCAAGAAAGAUCAGUAUUUUUCUUUAUCAAGCAGGUCGUCCACUACCUCAACAGAAUCUACUCGUAGUGGUAUCUGGAACCGUGACAUGCGUUCCGGUAUACCAAUCCCGAUAAGCAGUGAUAUCAAGCUCAGACUACGUACCAAUAACGCUUCCACGAAUAUGGGUGCCAGCGCGGGUCCCGUUAUUGCUCACAGAUCCAUCCUGACCAGCCCAGUGACACCAGUCCGCAUCUUCCAGCCUUCACCAAGCCACCAUCGCCAUCCAGACACCCCCGCACCAUCCCGUCUACCCCCGCACCCCCUCUCCACUUCAGGCUCCAGCGAGUCUUCCUCAGGGUACGGCACCCCACCCCCGAAUCACAACCGCUCCCAACAGGCCUUCGUCAGGCUCGACGGAGAUGGCGGAAACGAGGAUAAAAAUAACAAUGGUGAUGGACGGAGUGCGGAAGGAGAGGCAGGGGCGGAUACCUGCAGCGAAACUUCCACGAAGCGCAGUGACGCCACCGUGGUCAGUUUCGCGGAUGGUGAGCUGGGAGUUGGGCAGCGGACCUUAACGCCAAGUUCAGCUGAACUAAGUGAUGUGACUGAAGAAGCUCAAUAUUCAAAUGAAGCUGGAAGAGAUCAAAACGACAAUCUCCAGGACCGCCAGGAGAGCGUUGGAAGUUAUAGCACGGAGAGUUUCAAGCAAUUUCCGUUCGGAAGUAGAAUACCGCAGAUUACCGACGGGACCAGAAGUAAAAGCAAGUCGGUAGUUGAUCUCCAUCAGAGCUUUCUUCCAGAUAUUGGUGUUAGGAAGAAUACCAAUUCUGCUCCUCUUCUGAAAGACCUAGCUAUAAGCAGUAACAAAGAAAGUGAAUUAGGAGUACACGAAUACGACUCCAAAAGUCCAUCUUCCUCCUCAAUCAAACUGGUCACCGAAGAAAUGGAGCCUCCAGCACUGCAUUUACUGGAUGUGAAUGGAUCUCACUCGGAAGCUACCAGUGGACGGAAGCUGACAAGGAGAUUGACGCGAAGUCAAAGCAGAAGAUCGAUUAAGUCAACUCCAAGAAGUAUACAGGAAUCAGCACCAACAUCAUCAAGAUCCACAGCAAAACCCAAAGAACUACUCCAACAAUGUUUAGCUCAACUUAAUAACCCCGAGUGGGAGGUAAUGCUUCAAGGCUUGAAAAAUCUCAGUAAGCUGGCUAGGAAUCACCCCGAUAUUGUGGAGGUUCAGAUACACACCAUAUGUGCUAAUCUAGCUAGGCAUAUAAAGAACCUCAGGUCUCAGGUUGCAAGAGCUGCUUGUCAUACAGCUUCAGAAUUGUUUGAAACCUGUAAGAGAAGUUUGGAAAUGGAAUUAGAAGAAAUUGCCGGUCCACUGCUUCAUCGCACAGCAGAUACAAACAAGUUUCUCCGUGCAGAUGCUAAUGCUGCCUUGGACGUAAUGUGUGACCACAUGCCAACAAGUCGGGUCAUCUCUGUGGUCACAGCGAAAGGAUGCCAGCACCAAAACGCGAUUGUAAGAUCUGCAGCUAUGAGGCUAAUUGAUGAUAUCGUGAGGCGUGUAGGUGCAGACAGGGUGUUUCAGCUCCCAAAAGAAGUAAGAGAUCGCCUGCUGGUAUCUGGUGCUAAUUCACUUACAGAUGGUAGCUUGGAGACACGAAAUUUCGGAAAGAGCAUGAUAUCUCAACUGAUCACACAUCAUCAUUUCCAGAAGAGCCUUGUAGAUGCAGUUCCCCAAAGUACGUUGAGGCAUAUCGCAAAGACAUUGAGUGCAAUAAAGAGUAGCUGUACGUGAAAUAUGUAAUACUUGAAUUAGAUGUAGUUAUUAGUUUUGCAUAAAAGUGAUACGGACAAAGUUAUCAAUAGAUAAGUUGAAUAUAUCUUCUCUAUUAGGAAAGGGUACGUUUGGGUGAAGCCUGAUAUGAAAUUGAACUGAAAGGUCGAUUGCACAACGAAAUUUCACAGUAGACAAAAAAUAACUGCAAUAAACGGUGCAUUUAUUUUAUAGUAAUUUGGUAAUGGUACGCUCGUAUUGAACGAAAAGUACAUCUCGUACACAUUUUGAAAAUCUGGUGAACGCGCAUAUCAUUAUAUGGAUUUAAAAUAGUGGUGAAAGUACAGUUGUAUUCAUAAAAAAAGCGUACACGAAUUAGAAUGAGAGGAAACCUUAACCUUAUUUGCGUAAAACCGGCUUAUCGCAUGUUAAAGGUUAUUUAAAAUGCAAAGCAUGGGCGUCGGGCAUUAGUUCAAUACAGUAACAAAAAUGUAUUUCUUUAUUUUACAUCUUAACAGUUUUAUAAAAAUUACAAUAGAAACAAAAAACGAUUAACAAGAAUAAAUAAAAUCUAAUAUUUGGUCAUAUAUCCCUGUUUUUCUAUUACUUGAGCCAGUCUAUUCGGAAUUGACUGAAUUAUAUUUGAUACAAUAUUUGGAUCAAGCUCUUCCCAGCACGCAUGUAUUAUUUCC